GGCGUCAACAAGCGAUGGAGCGCAGUUCCUUUGAAUUACUGGCAGGCGUUGCCGCACUCGCCGUAGCCCUCUAUUAUUACUUAACAUCAACUUUCUACUUUUGGCGCAGCCGUGGGGUCGUUGGGCCCAACCCAGAACUGUUUUUCGGCAAUUUCAAGGAUGUACUGUUCAACAAGUCACACGUGAGCGAGUACCUGAUGAAGCUCUGCCAGAAGUACAAGGAUGAGCCGAUGUUCGGUAUUUUCGCGCGACGAACUCCAAUCCUGAUAGUCAAGGAUCCCGAGUACGUGAAGAACGUCUUGAUAAAGGACUUUUCGGCGUUUUGCGAUCGAGGAGUGCAGAUCCACGAGAAGAUCGAGCCUCUUAGUCAGCACUUGUUGUUCCUGGAAUCCGAGCGCUGGAAGCCCUUGCGCGCGAACUUGUCCCCGACCUUCACCUCCGGAAAACUGAGGGAAAUGUUUUAUCUGCUGACUGAGUGUGCCGAUCAUUUUGAGGACUUUCUUGAAACGGCGACAGCAAAGAACCCGGAGAUCGAGUGUCGUGAUAUUACGGCCAAGUUUACGACUGACGUGAUCGGCUCGUGUGUUUUUGGAUUGAAGAUGAACGCACUGGCUGAAGAGGAAAGUGAGUUUCGCAGAAUGGGCCGAAAGAUUUUUGAUAUUUCGCUUCUAAGGAUGAUCAAACUCAGAAUCAAGGAUGCUGCUCCUUGGCUUUUCAGCCUUUUGGGACCGCUGAUGUACGAUUACGAGCUGAAUGGAUUUUUCAUCAACACGAUGGCUCAGACCUUGAAGCUUAGAACCGAGAGUAAAGUCAAGAGAAAUGACUUUGUCGACUUGCUGCUGGAGAUCAAGAAGAAUCCUGAUAAACUUCAUCACGUAGAGUUGACGGAUACACUGAUCACCGCUCAGGCAUUUGUAUUUUUUGCUGCUGGUUUCGAGACCUCCUCUACUACUAUAAGCAAUGCUUUGUACGCGUUGGCCUUGAAUCAAUCAGUGCAAGAUAAAUUACGAGAUGAGAUAAGAGUAAAACUCAAAGAAAACAAUGGAAAAUUAACAUUUGACAGUAUUAAGAGUAUGAAAUACAUGCAUAAAGUGUUUAAUGAAACACUGAGAAAAUAUCCCCCAGCCCCAACACUUAUAAGAUGUUCGAUGAGGGAGUAUACUUUUCCAGGAACAAAUGUGACGAUACCUAAAGGAACAAGAGUUUGGAUUCCCGUGUACGGUAUUCAUCACGAUCCAAACAACUAUGCUGAUCCAGAAACCUUCAAUCCUGAAAGAUUUGAUGAAGAAAACAUCAACGAAAGGCAUCCUUCCUGCUUUUUACCAUUUGGUGAUGGUCCCCGAAACUGCAUAGGUGCUCGUUUUGCCAAUUACCAAACCAAAGUUGGUCUCGCCACGAUUUUGAAAAACUACAAAGUUGACGUUUGUAACAAAACCUCGAUACCUUACGUAAUUAAUCCAAGAGCUUUUUUGCUUGCUCCGAAAGAUGGCAUUGUGUUAAAGUUUAUAAAGUUACCGUAACUUUUGUUACUUUAUAUAAAAAUAAUAUUUGAUAAAUAGUCAAAUAUAUUAAGAAAUAAGUUUCAUUUUGGUACCUCAAGCAAAUUGUUACUCAGCGUAAAGAGGAUCUGUUGAUUUAAAAGUACUGUAUUCGCUGUAUGUAAGUGCAUUGGUACCAUCUGAUAGUAUAAAGUUGCAAAAGUGGGACUUAAUAUGUUGUUUGGACAUUGAAAUUUCACUCACUAGUUAAUACAUUUAGCAUAAAACUACAGCAAUCACAAUAAUAGCAAAUUGCACAGUUAGUUAUCGCGUAAAACAUACAAGCAAACAUUAUCAUGGAUGUCAAUAAUGCGAAAAUGAAGGUAACACCAGGAAAUUAAUGACACAACCUUGAUAGUGUAGUGUCAAAACCUGAAGAUGUAAGUAAUUUUGAAACGUUGUGCAAACAUGACGUAAGUAAAUGUACAUGACCGUGAAAAAUUAUGUCUGUUACGAUUUCAACAAUUGUUUGAUGAACUUUUUAAAAAUAAUCAUCACCUUCUGUUACAUUGAAAAUCAAUACACAAUUUUUCUUUGCUAUCAAAGUGUUAUUCUCAACAAAUCCUUUGAAUAUGUAAGCAAGAUGAAACAGUAGCAAAGCAUUUUUUUGUACUACGACAGUAACAUCACUUUCGUAACAUUUAUUUAAAUAUUGUAACAAAGCAAAAUUCCAUUAUUCUAACUUCAAAAUUAAACCAAUAAUUAAAAACCCCUUGAAAGGAACUCAUUGAACUUUUCACUUACAUGCUGAGCGUCAGACUGAUGGUCAAAGAAAAAGAAAAAAGUAAAUAAAAAAUAAAUUCCUUAGA